UCGUUGUCAUCCUUGGAGGCGGGGUUACGUGACUUCAUAUACGGCGCUAAUGACAGGCGCUGCUACUCUGACUGUCAAUGAAGCAGGAGCUUUCAGAAGCGCACACAGUACUCAAAUAGAAGACAGACAUCAAAAUGGUCAUCGCAAUUGAGGAUAAGGCUGCAUUCGACAACGCUUUGAAAAAUGCUGGGAACAAGUUGGUGGUGGUGGACUUCACUGCCACAUGGUGCGGGCCCUGCCAGAUGAUCGGCCCAGUCUUUAAAGCGCUGUCUGAAAAACCAGAGAACGCAAAUGUCGUAUUUCUAAAGGUGGAUGUGGAUGAUGCACAGGAUGUGGCCGCUUCCUGUGACAUCAAAUGUAUGCCAACAUUUCAUUUCUACAAGAAUGGAAAGAAGAUUGAUGAAUUUUCUGGAUCAAAUAAUGCUAAGCUGGAGGAGAAGAUCAAUAUGCAUAAAUGAAGAAAAACAUACAAAAAUGCACAAACCAACCACUGUAAUAAAUAAUAUAAGCAUUAUGUUUUCUGAUCUUGAUUUUAGAAGAAUAAAUCAAGUACAGAAACGUUAUUCUCAACCUUUAACACAUUCUGAUUUUAUCUGCUACAUUUAUACCCUAUUUUAGUUUAUAUAAAGAAAUAGAAGUCUUUUUGUUAAAUAUUUGACCUUCUAUAAUGGCUGUAAUGUAUUUUAUGUUGGAUUUGUAUGAAAUUACAACAUUAAAGGAAAUUAAAAGUAGAGUUUUACAACGUU